UUAAAGCUCAGCUGAGUCGCUGAACCCGUACACCGCAUUGCAGCAGCUACUAAGCACAACGAAAAGGCAGAGAAAACAUUAUCUUCCAAAAACAUACGAAAAAAAAAAAAAAGAUGAUAUCUCUCCUUCCGCUUCUAUUAAUCUCCACAGCUGUGGCUUCUCCUUUGCUGGGGAAGGAGCAGUGUGUGAAGGGCCCACCCUACUGGUGCCAGAAUGUCAAGACGGCCUCUCAGUGUGGGGCUGUGGCCCACUGCCAGCAAAACAUCUGGAACAAGCCAACUGCUAAAUCUGUGCCAUGUGACUUGUGCAAGGAAGUCCUCGGUGUUGUUGGCAACCUGCUGAAGGACAAUGCAACAGAGACGGAGAUCCUGGGCUACCUGGAGAAGGCAUGUCAGCUGAUUCCAGACAAGGGUGUGUCCGAUGAGUGCAAGGAUAUGGUGGACAACUACUUUCCCAUUGUCAUGGGCAUCGUCAAGGGAGAGCUGGAGGACCCGAAUGUAGCCUGCUGUGCCCUGGGCCUUUGCAAAUCCUUGCAGCAGCAGUUGGGUGCUGCUGCUGCCGCUGCCCAGCAGAUCCUGUCCAACGAGAUUCCUGAGGUUGACCUUUCCAAGGUGGUGUCCCCCUUCAUCGCUAACAUCCCCCUGCUGCUGUACCCCCAGGGCAAAACUGAGGAGGCCCCCCCUGCGGAGGAUGGAGACGUGUGCAAAGACUGCGUGACACUGGUUUCCGAUGCUCAGGCAGAGGCCAAGGCCAACUCCUCAUUUGUGACUAGGAUCGUCGAACAGAUCAAGGAGCAGUGUGACCUGCUGGGGUCUGGCAUGGCUGAUCUGUGCAAAGAGUAUGUCGACCAGUAUGGUCCACUUGUUAUCCAGCAGUUGAUGUCCAUGAAACCUGAAGACAUCUGUGCCAGAGCUGGGUUCUGUUCCUCCUCUGUGAAGUCUGUUCCCAUGCAGACUCUCGUCGCUGCUAAGCUGUUCCCAGCUGCCAAGGUCAUCCAGGCCACCAAGGUCUCUGUGCCUGCCAAGAAUCUGGUGAAGGUCCGUGAUUCCCCAGGGUGUGCUAUCUGUGAGUACGUCAUGAAGGAGAUCGAGAGCAUGGUGGAGCAGGAGAAGACUGAGGAGUCGGUAAUCCAUGCUGUAGAGAAGGUCUGCUCCAUCCUGCCCGCCACCCUCUCUGCCCAGUGCCGCGACCUUAUCGAAUCCUAUGGCCAGGCCAUCAUCGAGCUGCUGAUCCAGCAGGUUGACACCAAGACCAUCUGCACUGUGCUGGGGCUCUGCAAGGACGUCAGCCGCCUCUAUAUCCCGGCAAUGGACCAUGCUCGCUUCAAGGCAGGAGAUUUUUGUCAGGUGUGCAAGAUGGCAGUGAGUUAUAUCGAUGGGAUCCUGCAGCAGAAUGCCACGGAGACAGAGAUCGAGGCUGCUGUGCAGAAAGUGUGCAGCUUCCUUCCUGCAGCCAUGCAAGAGGAGUGUGACCAGUUGGUGGAACAGUAUGAGCCGAUGCUUGUUCAGCUCCUGCUGCAGAUGAUGGAUCCUGACUUUGUCUGCACUAAACUGGGAGCCUGUGCAAGUGCAGUUAAGUCCAACCUGCUGGGAAGCGAACAGUGCAGUUGGGGACCGUCCUUCUGGUGCAAGAACGUGGAUACUGCCUCCCGCUGCAAUGCUGUUGAACACUGUAGGCGCCAUGUGUGGAACUAAAGAAAUACAGAAUGAACACAACGGAGAUUUUUUUUUUUUUAAAUUCAAAAUGACAGCAUUGUAUUUAGUUUAUUCUUGUUCGACUUCCUUUUAAGAGAAUCAAGCUUGUGCGUUUAGCUUAUAACCUGGCUGCACAACAAUACCAUGCUAACAUGGGAACUGUCAAUCGCUUUUGGGUGAGGGAGGGAAUGUGAUCUCUCUUGUAUAGAUUUGUGUGUUUCUCUAGAAGCAAAUCAGCUUGUACUAUAACCAGCAACUGUUUCUCCAUUUUAGAUGCACGGCAUGUUGGAGGUGAAUACAGGGAAUGAAAUGGGGGAUUUGAAUGCUGUAGAUAAAUUGGUUGGGGGGGGGGGCCUUGAACCUUAGCAUUGAAGUUAGCCUAUUCUACUUUUAGGUUGUGGGUAUAGUUCUGAUGGCUUUUAAAUGUUACUGGAUGGCCAAGGCCAGUGUCUCAUUUUAUACGCACGUCUCUCUGAAGAGGUGGGGUGGUAAUUUUAUACUCCUCCAAAGUUGGGGUGCAAGAAUCUGACUUUCCCUAACUGAACCAACAACUACAUUUUAUUAUUGUGACCACCACGUUGAAGAAAAGUCUUUUCUUGAGCUGCUUUAUGUGACACGGUAUAACUCCAUCCCUGUUCCAAUUUUUAUUUACAAGGAAUUUGCCAUCCUUUUUACAUGCAGAAAAGCAGUGUGUAGGUACAAGUUAUUUGCUAACCUGAAGUACACAAAGGGUUGAGAGACUGUUGGAAAUAUAAGUAAAUUAUUUUCAGGCAUUCUGACUGGCUAGCUGAGAUCCUUGCAUUUUUAGUUUGACUCUUGAAAGGCCUUUGCUACUGUGAUUUUUGGCAACCACCAGAUUGAAGGACCCAUAGUUGCUAGGGAACUGCAUUUCCAGGUGACUGGUGAAACGGGUGUGACUUGAAUUAUUUUCCUAAUACAAGCUUUCUAUUCAUUUAUUUGGCAGUACUUUUGUUGCACGUCCUAAUUUGUGGUGUUUUUAAAGCUAAAGUGAAUGUUUCCUGAUCCUAGUCAUUGGAGUCAUAAUGGCAUGCCAGUAUCAAUGUGUGAUCCAGUUCAUACCUGCAGAUUUGCAAAUAAAUAAAGCCUUGUUGUUUUUGUUUCUCUGUUCAGAUCUCAAUGUCUUUAAUCAAAGAGUGUGCAUCUGGCUCUCUACUUCUGAUCUAAGUUUUUUGACAGACUAAUAAAAAUAAAUUAUUCUGAAACCUUG